UAAAAGUUCAAAAAGAACCCAAAAUUCUAAUUAAAAGAUUCGUGGGUUCAACCACUGUGUUGGGCAUCAUCGCCGCCUCCAGCCAUCCCUGAGCGGUGCCUUCUUCACCACAUGGAAACUUUCCCCGCGGAAACGCGCUACGCGUAAUUCACCUCGACCACUUCUGCGGCCCAGGAACAAUGCCCAGGGAAAUCAUCACGAUCCAAGCCGGCCAAUGCGGCAAUAACGUCGGGGCGCAGUUCUGGCAGCAGCUUUGUCUAGAGCACGGGAUCAGCCAGGACGGGAAUCUGGAGGAGUUCGCGACCGAAGGAGGUGAUCGCAAAGAUGUGUUCUUCUACCAGAGUGACGAUACGCGGUACAUCCCUCGAGCAAUCCUCCUCGAUUUAGAGCCUAGGGUCCUCAAUGGCAUCCAAACCGGCCCUUACCGAAAUAUCUACAACCCGGAGAACUUUUUCAUCGGACAGCAGGGGAUUGGCGCGGGGAACAACUGGGCGGCUGGAUAUGCAGCGGGUGAAGUCGUUCAGGAGGAGAUCUUCGACAUGAUUGACCGAGAGGCGGAUGGAAGUGACUCGCUUGAGGGUUUCAUGCUACUACAUUCGAUUGCUGGCGGGACUGGCUCAGGCCUGGGAAGCUUUAUUCUGGAGCGGAUGAACGACCGAUUCCCCAAGAAGCUCAUCCAAACAUACUCUGUGUUUCCGGAUACUCAGUCUGUAGACGUCGUGGUGAAUCCUUACAACAGCUUGCUGGCCAUGCGAAGGCUGACACAGAACGCAGACUCUGUGGUUGUUUUGGAUAACGGCGCUUUGUCUAGGAUUGUUGCCGACCGCCUCCAUGUCCAGGAGCCUUCCUUCCAGCAGACCAACCAACUUGUAUCUACUGUUAUGUCUGCUUCAACCACGACGCUCCGCUACCCCGGUUACAUGCACAAUGACCUCGUCGGCAUCAUUGCCUCCCUCAUUCCUACUCCGCGCAGCCACUUCCUGAUCACCUCGUACACACCCUUUACGGGAACCAAUAUCGAAGAAGCAAAGACGGUACGAAAGACGACGGUCCUAGACGUGAUGCGACGGCUCCUUCAACCCAAGAACCGGAUGGUGUCGAUCAACCCGAGCAAAUCGAGCUGCUACAUCAGCAUCCUCAACAUCAUCCAAGGCGAGGCGGACCCGACGGACGUGCACAAGUCUCUGCUGCGAAUCCGGGAGCGUCGCCUGGCCUCCUUCAUCCCCUGGGGCCCUGCCAGCAUCCAGGUGGCGCUGACGAAGAAGUCACCGUACCUGCAGAACACGCACCGGGUCAGCGGGCUGAUGCUCGCGAACCACACCUCUGUUGCGACGCUGUUCAAGCGGAUCGUGCAGCAAUACGACCGGUUGCGCAAGCGCAAUGCCUUCCUCGAGCAGUACAAGAAGGAAGCGCCCUUUGCGGAUGGGCUGGGUGAGUUCGACGAGGCCCGCGCCGUGGUGAUGGACCUCGUGGGCGAGUACGAGGCCGCCGAGCGGGAGGAUUACCUCGAUCCGGAUGCCGGGAAGGUCGUGGAGGGCGUUUAAGCUUCUACUGUUGCUUUUUUUUCUUUCUAAGUUUACGUUCAUAUCCGGUGGGCGGCGUUAUGGUUAGAAUAAUGACUAUGCAGGUAUCAUGAAUCUGUACGGAGUAUUCUGUACUUGGUAGACGUACUGGGUAUCUACUAACUAGGUAGUUAGUUAGUUAGUUAGUUAUCUAGCAGGUAUGUACCAUGUAGUAUGUACCAACUCACGACGAUUUGAUAAGGCAUUCCAGGAUAAUUCCGACUGACCCU